AUGUCACCUGGUCCAUCACUUCUCCCAUCUCGUCCCCGUCAUUCGAGUGAUGACUCGAAGCCGUCAACCUCAUUUUUAAAGGAUCUCCUCCUCAAUGAGGCUCGUAGACACAAAUCCGACAAUGGGAAAUCCCGAGUUGCGCAAAUUGUCUCAAGAAUGGAGAAAGCUUUCACUCAUGAUUCCCCAAAAAUCCCUCCACUGGCUGAGCCCGAAUCGAUGAGCAUCGAUGAAGAGAACUCGUUGAGUCUUCGACCUAACGAGAGCAAAAAACCGAAGAAAUCGUUUUCCCGAACUUCCACAAAGUAUCUUAACUCUAUAUUCAAUAAAUCGGACAAAUCGGAAAGUGACGCGGAAUCGAAAACUUCAAGAAUUUUAUCAUUACCGUCACUUGCAAAGCCGGUACUCUUGCUUCGAAGAAAGUCGGAGAAAUCCGAUAUUUCGGCAGCUUCCACAAUCGACGUAAUCCCCACUCGAGGCGGCAGUGUUCGCCGAAGUGAGGCCAUCGAUUUCGAGGUAUUUCGGCUGAAAAAACGGCAAUCUGAGGGCUCAUUAGAGGGUGAGAGAGCCGCAAAGGGAAAGAAGCGGCUGUCGCUGAGAAUUGAGGAACGGAUAUCACCUGCAGGGGGUAAUACGGGCAAUGGACCACCCACAGCCACUCCUCCACGACAACUCCGAUUGCAUCGAGGUCGCUCGAAUCAACAGGUCACCCCAUUAGCCGAUAUUGUCCCAUCAAGUCCAACCAAGAACACGCAAGGGUUCUCUUUUGCAAACUUUGUGAAAGCUAUUCCGAAGAAAUCGAUCUCUAAAGUUCAGCAACCAAAAUCUGAUUCGUCUAUUUCGAUCAAAUCAAUUCCGAGAAUCGAGGAGCCAACAACGAGCACUUUACCGUUACCGAAAUUGUUGAAGAAUAACGAACCGAAUCGUUUAUCAAUUGAUUUCGAGAAUAAAGAAGAGAAGAAAAGAAGGAAAUCGAAGAAAUUAAGUCUCGGAAAAGAAGAAGUCGUGCUAAGACCGUUGUCACCGAUCGAGGGAACGAGUCCAACUCCAUCAAUUGUGAUUCGAAGAGCAACACCAGAGGCGGUGAGGCAACGACAACCGACGAAAAUAUUGAGAAGAUUGGGAGUGCCAAUAGAGGUGGAUUGUGAUCCGAGACAAGACGAAGAGAGUGAGAGUCAGAUUCACAUAAAGACGUUGAGUGUUCCGAGCAUUGGACCAACUUUAAAUCAACCUGUGGAGGCCAAAGAAGUCAAAGAAGUCAGAGAAAUCAAAGCAGAACAAGUUCGGAACCCAGACUCUGAGGAUUUAAAGUUCUUGUCACAAUUCCUUCGAAAAUCGAGCUCUGAGCGACGAAGGAGGCGACCCGUUCAAGGGCCUCGUCCACUAUCCCGCACCAUGACUCAAGUCGAGGCCAAUCUUUUGCCACCAUUGUAUGAGAAUGAUGACGGAACCGCUUCUCAACCACAAGAAAGUCUUCAAUCGUCUCGUCGGCAUCAAAGACGAUAUCAGGGAAGUCAUACAACAUCUUGUUACACGGGGAGAAAGGAUGCAGCACCGGAUGCGACUCCUAGAAGACAUUUGAUCGGUUUUUUGCAUCGAACGUCUCAUUUGAGUCUCACCAGUGAAUUAUCCGGCGAUGCGAGUUUUUAUUUGAUAGGACAUCGAGGUCGAAAAUUCGAUCCUGAGUCAACGAUCGGCAGUGAAAGCGACGCGCGAGUCCUUUCCGAUGAGGAUGAUCGAGGUUCAACCACCACCGAUUUCACGUCGGUUUCUCGGCAGGCUGAAAAUAUGCGACGACGGAGGAAACAGCGGAAUUUCCGACGACCAAGCAGAGCCUCAUCUUUCUCUUCAAUCACCGAAUCAUCGAUGUCACUUGAUGUAAUUACAGUGACACUCAACAUGGACACAGUCAACUUCUUGGGGAUUUCCAUUGUCGGGCAAAGCUCGGCGAGAGGCGAUAAUGGGAUUUAUGUAGCGAAUAUUAUGAAAGGUGGAGCUGUGGCAAUCGACGGUCGAAUCGAAGCCGGUGACAUGAUCCUUCAAGUAAACGAUAUCGCUUUCGACAAUUUCACUAACGAUCAAGCCGUUGAUGUGCUACGAGAUGCUGUGGCGCGAAAAGGUCCAAUCAAGCUAACAGUGGCGAAAUCGUUUGACGGUGGGCCGAAGAGUUGCUUCACUGUUCCCAGGCAUAAAUUAAUGGAUGAACCAGUGCGUCCGAUCGAUACCCAGGCGUGGAUCCGACACACAAACGCCAUGCGGGGAAUGCCGUCGAUCAUUGAAGGUUCCGAGGGUGCACCGACACCUUUACCUGGUGAUUACCAGGCAGGCAUUCGACCGGGUAGCAGCAGCACGGUGACAAGUGGAAGUCAACCAGGACAGGGAACCGUUGUGCACGCACUACGACUUGAUACACAGGCUGAGAAGAAACGGGUAGUUGAAGCAAUGGCUAUGCCAAAUAGCGGCUUGGAGAUCAAGAAUCGAACGUGGCUGAAGAUCCCGAUUCCGAACUCGUUUCUGGGCUCCGAGUUAGUUGAUUGGCUACUCGAUCACGUGGAAGGGUUACGAGAGAGAAAAGAUGCACGCAAAUAUGCGGAAGAUCUUCUAAAAGCAAAGCUCAUCUCACAUGCAAUCAAGAAACACACUUUCAUUGAACAGUGCUACUAUAUUUUGGGAGAAGAGUGUGCUGAUCUCGCGCACUAUCGAAGCGUGCAGGCGGUGACUGAUCCGAGCUCGAAUUGGCAAUGGACAGCCGGGCAGAGCCUCGUCCCACCCGGUGGCGGCCUUCCCAAACCCCAAGGACCUCAUCCAACACAGGCGAAUUCGAUGGGAAGUACGAUGGUUCGCCACGCGGGCACCACAAAUGAUGGAACUCGAUUAUACGUGUCGGGCUAUGCAUCGAUGCCAGUCUCGCCAUUCCCAAUUCUUCCAAGAGGCGCCGGUCCUGACAUCCACUCACAAGCAUCCGGUGGAUCGGGCAGUGGUGGAUCCGGAUCAGAUCACCGCAGAAAG